ACCAGAGGAAGCUGAUUCUUUGCCGUCAUCUCCCUUUAACCCUUUUCAUUAUUUCAAGUUUUGAACUCUGAAAUACAAAAGACGUCUUCUUUUGAGCUUCAGAUGGUCAGAACUCAGAACUGUCCUCUUCCCUUGUCUGUUUAAUUUCACAAGAAGCAGCGGGACUAAUUCAGAUACGAGGGUGGGUCAAGGUUACUUGAGCCUUCUUAAUCUCAGAUACAAACUGUAAACUUCAAAUUGAGGAGAAUUCUUGAUUGGAUUUUGGCUUAAAGCGACUAUGGCCGAAUUAAACCUGGGUAUACUUAUAGAUGUUGUGGAUGAAGAAUGGAUGAAAGACACUCUUCCAGAUGAUGAUCUUCCCCUGCCGCCAAUGCUGGUUAUAAGGACUGAUGACACCGAGGAUUCGAAUCAGGAGACCCGAAAAGUUGAGGGAGAUAGUUGGCAUGAUCUUGCAUUAGGUUCUCAAUAAAUUCUCUGGUAAAAGAAAGUGUUUAUGGUGGUGGUUCGUUCAAAGUAAUUGAACAGUUGCUGUAUGGAUAUGUAUGUUUUUUAAUCGGGUCAUGAAUGUUGACUUGAGGUUUUGGAGGCUAUGUACGUUCCUUACCAGAAGUUGAUUGUGUAACACUAAUUCUCUAAAUUUAUGAGCUGGUGGUAACUGGUUUUGUAUGUUUAUCAUUUUUACUUCAAAACUGGACUUUAGUGCCCCUAAUUUGGAAUCUAUAGUGCCAGAAAAUAUUCAGUGUUACUCCGGUUGAUAAUUCUUAACAAUACCAAAGCUUAUUAUGAACAAAUCUGGUAGAUGGUGUAAUCCUAGUAGAAAACGCUGGUAACCUGUUUUGCAUAACA